CCUCCCCCAGCUAGAAUGGACGUGAAUCUUUGAAUAAAGGCGAAGUCCGUGGCAACCUAGCUGUGUGCACUGGAGCUUUGAGUAGGGGACUGUCACCACCCCUUUGCAACCAGCCAUGGUGAACUGGACAGCAGAAGAAAAACAGAUCAUUUCAGCCAUCUGGGCCAAGAUUAACAUCGAGGAAGUGGGGGCCGCUGCCCUUACUAGGUUAUUAGUAGUCUACCCCUGGACUCAGAGGUACUUCAGCAACUUUGGGAACCUGUCCAGCCCCACAGCCAUUGAAGGGAACCCCCGGGUCAAAACCCACGGCAAGAAGGUGCUGACCUCAUUUGGUGAGGCAGUGAAGAACCUGGACAACGUGAAGGCCACCUUCGACAAGCUGAGUCAGCUACACUCAGACAAGCUGCAUGUGGACCCCCAGAACUUCAAGCUCCUCGGAGACAACCUGAUCAUUGUCCUGGCGGCUACCUUGGGCAAGGACUUUACUUCCGAGGCCCAGGCUGCCUGGCAGAAGCUGGUGGGAGUAGUGGCCGCUGCCCUGAGCAGAAAUUACCACUGAGCACCUCAGAAGGGUCACCCAUUGAGGACCCACUACUAGGAGAGCUCGUUGAAUGGGAGGGAAGGGAGAGGGAAACAUGUGCUACCACCACGCAUAGUGAUUAUGGUUAAAUACAAUAAAGUUGAACUAUAUGACAAAA